AUGUCCGUUGGGGACGGCUCACUGCCGCUUGAUCCAAGCAAAGAAAGCGCCCAAGGAGAUCCGUCACAUGGUGAAGCGACAGAACUGGUCCGGGACUUCUUCGAGCAUAUCUGUCGAGUUCCUUCGUAUGCAUUUUUGCACCCGUCAACAACCUUGGCAAAAUGCAACAAAGGCACAUUGGAGCGACCGCUAGUUCUUGCCAUUUGUGCCUUGACCUCUUUGCACGCGCCUGUGCACGGUGUGGCCGUCAAACGGGAGAAGAGUGCCACAUGGGUGUCUAACGCAGAAGACAUCAUCUGGAAAUGCUUGGAGAAUCCGUCCAUGCCUCCCGCCCGCGCGGCAUCCGCCAUGGGUCUUAAUCAUGAGCAAACACACUCGAUCCGAUUUUGGAAGAGACCCGGCGCUGCGCUGUAUGUCUGCCCCUUUGAGUGCAUUUACUUACACCCUCCGUCAUUGGAAGGCUCCUUUGGUUUGCUAUGUCCGACUGGCUCUGAAAAAUUUGCCAUCUACGCAUCGCGAGAUCGGAAUGAGCUGGGGUCACUGAACAUGUGUAUUCGUUUGGCCUCUAUUCGCAGGGACAUUAUGAAGUUGACACGGGAGCUCGUUGUUUGCAGCGAUCCUUACUUGCAUCUGAAGGACGUGACUGGGGGCCUCGAGGAGAUCCUCUGUGAAAUGAAAGCCGAAAUGCCAAAUCAAGCAGAAAUCUUGACUACGGGGCUGAAGAAUUUGGUUGGAAGUUCUUGGCUGCCCCGUCACAUUAUGAUGUUUACCUUGUGGCAUGGGUGCCACUUUGAUCUCUAUCGGAUCUUCCUCCCUGGAUACCCCGAAGCUCCACCGGCUGUGGUUUUGAGUACCAUCGAUGCGCAGUUUGUUCAGAUGGCGACCGGAACCUGCAUUGAACAUGCACUGUCAGUCGUCAAUUUGUUUUACGACUUGAAUCAGACCUGUACCAAGCCACGGCUGCUUGAAUUCGCCACCGAAGUGUGCGUCUAUCACGCCAUUCGAUUGAUUCUGUUUAUGGCUCAUUUGUCGACUGAGCCAGAUCUUCUGAGUCUUGAAUUCGCAGUGAGUCGGGCGGAGCUAUGCCUGGCAGCUAUCAAGCGGUUUUUCAUGGGCUAG